ACCAGGUGUACAUUUUUGCGACACAUAAGUAGCCACACAUAAACCUUACCUUCCAAAUCUUAAGUCCUCAGAAAAGUUGUAAUAAUAAUAAGAAUGAGAUGAUGAAAAUGGGGGCGAUAGAACAGGAGGAAGUGCACCCUGCUGUGACUUUUCGUGGUAGGAAGGGCAAAGACGUGAUCAACGUGAACAAAAGACGGUUCAACGAUACACAAAUCGAGUCACUGGAGAAGAUGUUCGAGGCAAAGGCGAGACCAGAGCUUGUGGCAAAGCAGGAGCUGGCUGAGAAUCUGGGACUCCAGCCUCGCCAGGUUGCCAUAUGGUUCCAGAACAAGAGGGCUAGAUCCAAGUCAAAGCAGAUGGAGCAUGACUACAUGCUGCUCAAGAUGAGUUAUGAUCAUCUCGAAUCCCAGUUUCAUAUGUUGAAGAAAGAACACCAUGCCCUUCUCAUCCAGUUAUGGAGUCUCAGAGAACAGUCUGAAGAAAAUUGUGGAAAUGAGACUGAUAAUGAUGAUGAGGGAACAAAUGCAUUAGCAAAAGAGGAUAAGCCAAACCUCACUUUACAACAAUCUUGCACCCCAGCAGAAUUUCUUCUACCUAUGAGCAGUGGUGGAGACAUAGACCAGCCAAUACACGUAAAAGAUACACAAGGUGGUUCCUUCUCAUCUAUGGAGGAGAAGGGUGGGUUUGAGAUAGAUGAGUUUUUUUACG